UGCUGGCGCGCUACUUCAACGCUGUGAUUCAGGACAACUUCGCCUGUCGGAUUACAUUUGAAGUAUAUUUCUUUAUUUAUUGAACUGUUUAUUCAUCGCGUCUUUGAGUCAUUAUGGAUUGUGUGGAUUUUCCGAGAGUUCUGCCAAACUCCCCGAGGAAAGCACGGGGACAAAUCCAGGUCAUCUUUGGACCGAUGUUUUCAGGCAAAAGCACUGAGCUCAUGCGGAGAGUGCGCCGGUUCCAGAUCGCCCAGUACGACUGCCUGGUGAUCAAGUACACCAGAGACACGCGCUACUCGGACACGGGCAUGGCCACGCAUGACAAAAGCACAAUGGAAGCUGUACCAGCAAGCUGUCUGGGAGAAAUGCGGCCUUUGGCGUUAGCGGCCUGUGUCAUCGGCAUUGAUGAAGGGCAGUUUUUUCCAGACACGGUGGAGUUUUGUGAAGAGAUGGCAAAUUUAGGGAAGACAGUCAUUGUUGCUGCCUUGGAUGGAACCUUUCAGAGAAAACCAUUCGGAAACAUCCUCAACCUCAUCCCUCUGGCGGAGAGCGUUGUGAAGCUCCACGCCGUCUGCAUGCAGUGUUACAAAGAAGCCGCCUACACUAAGAGGAUAGGAGCCGAGAAGGAGGUGGAAGUAAUUGGUGGAGCGGACAAGUAUCAGGCGGUGUGUAGAACGUGUUACGGAGGUCUGGUGGUGGACAAAGAGAACAGGUCUCCUUUCAGGAAAGAAACGCCACAACAAAUCCUCUCGGGAAAACUGGCGGACUCUGCGAUUCCAAGGAAGCUUUUCUCUUCGCUCAAUCUCUAGUGUGUAUUUGUAUGUGGUGUGAAAUAUUUUUAGGAAUUCUUCUUUUUAUUGACCGUGCACUUAAUAAGGACCUUAAAUGGACCGGUUUUGGUUUCACUACACUGCAGUUUGGAUUUCUCAACAUCUUUAACUGUAACAAGCUGAUCGAUCCAAAGGUUUUUAACAUUUCUAUGUAUGCGUAUUGUAUUUUCUGCUUAGUUAUAAAGAAAAUACAUUUUUAAUGUUUUGUCAUAUUUAUCAUUUGUUUUAGGUCAAAUUGGAUUUAUACUAAUUUAUUCCUUCCCCCAUUUUAAAACUUGCAGUAUUUGUUUUUAACUCUGGCACACUUAACUCUGAUUUGUAACCCAACGCCCUCACAUACUACAGGGGACCAAAAUAACCUGUUUAAAUCCUGGUAGGCUCUGACACUGCAGUUGGAGUGGAAUAAUAUUGUCAUCCCUCGAAUAUAAAACCUGUGUUACUGCAGUGUAGAGAUGCUACAAUGACACCAUGUGAAUAAUAAUUGACAUCACGGUGAAAAUUAGGCCAAACUUAACUGAUAAAGAUUAAUUGAGCAGCAAUUUUCUUUCUCUAUUCAUCAGGCACAAUAAGUCAUCCAGCCUUUCUUCUACAUCGUUGAUGCAAUCUUACUCAAAAUCAAUUACAAUAUCUCACUUAUUUUUCUUUCACAAAAACCCUUUAAUGUUACAUUUCUUCUGAAGGCACCAAUGACAAAUCAUGUGUUUUUCAUAGAUUGGCUCCCCAAAGUGCAUGUAAUUUUCAUUAAGCAUGUAUUUCCUGUUGUACAAAUGUAUUUGAUUUGUUACAAUAGCAUCAUGACAUAUACACACAAUCCCGGUAUGUCAUGUGCAGAUCAAGUCUGUUAAUAAAAAUCCACUGGGA